AUGUUUUGCAGCAAGAAUGAAGGAAGUGCCAUCGCUGGCUAUCAAGAAGAAGGGCCACCGCAGUACCAGGCUGAUGGAGGUACUGAUGCACCUCCGUCUUACAACUCAAUUUUUGGGGAGCUGAAGGCGGCCAAGGCAGAGUCGGGCGAUGACAAGGUAUCAUUCGUCAAGAAAGUAAUCGGAAUUCUUAUGGGUUCAAUUGUGUUCACGGUGGUGCUGGUGCUGUUGCUGGCCGUCCCAAUAACCAUGAUUGUCAUAGGAGCAAUUAAACUUGACGACUGUCCCGUUGAGAAGUUCAUCCCGAAGUGGCUCCUGAUUAGCGGGUGUUUCGGUCUUCUCAAGAAUCUUCUCUCAUUAGUCCAGCAGCUGUACAACAAAAUGAAAGACCAAAAGGACAAGAAUGCGAGCAAAAACCCACUUGAGGGGAUUUUGGAUCUCUUUCUCUUCGCAUGGUUCAUUGCAGGAAGUGUCUGGGUGUUCCGAACAUAUGGUGAUGUGUCAUAUAAAGAAAGUUCCGAGCACUAUUGCGACCGUCUGGUGUUUUUGUUUUCGUUCUGGACGCUAAUGGUCACUUAUAUAUGCAUGGCCAUCGGCUGUUGCUGCUGCUGUUGCAUAUGCAUUGUCGCUGUGUCACUAGGUUUGGUCCGAGCUGCUGAUUCUUAAAAUUACCCAGACAGAGAUACCAAACUGUAAAUAAGUUUUCUAUUUUGGACCAGAAAAUAUUUUCACGGAAGAACAG